AUGGAGCAGCAUCGAUUCCUGCGGACAGGGAGAGAGCUGUGGCUGGAAAAAUUACCAGAGGAGAGAGAAACAGAAAAGGAGAAGGGCUCUUGUGAAGAUCACGCUGCCCUCCUGAAGCUGCCGGGGGAGAUGGCAAAGUUGCAGCAAGACCCCAUGCUGUUCUCUGAUGAUAUUUUUUUCAUUGAGCCAAUGGUGGAACUGAUUAACCUAGGAGCUAUUGAUGCUCCCUUCACCUAUAUCCCUUCAAGUGCAAACGUGGGCUUCUGCUUCAAGUUGGCACCCAAGAAGGGCAUCAUUGCAGCAGGUUUUACACCCCUGAGUCGCACCAGCUUUGCUUUAAUUCCCUUUAACCAAACCAUUUCCUCCUCUGUCCUCCCGUGCAGGGGCUGUGUCACCGAACUGAGUUCACACUUUGAUGUCAAUGAGCUCGACUUUGGGGACAUCUCCCCUGGCUCCACCUACACCAAGACCUCCUGCCUCACUAACACCUCCCCAGUGUCCCGUGCCAGCCUUUGGGGAGAAGCUCACUCCCCAAAUCUCCAGAUCCAGCCCAGCAGCCUGGAGUCUGGCUGCCUCAUGCGUGGCACUGAAGAAGAAGUGCGUUCUCUGAAGAUGACCAACUGCAGCUCACUUCCUGUCCAGUACCACUGGUCAAUCUGUUCCGACAGCCAGGGGAACAGGUUGAGAUGUGAGCCUUACCCAUCUAAAUUUCAACCCCAACCACCAAAGGGGAAGAGACCCUGUUUGGAUUCCCUGGCAUCUCUAAGGAGACGCUUCAAGAUUAGAAAUGUGGAGGAGCCAGCCACAGCCCUGAAAGAAUCGUGGGAUUUUGCCCAAUCUUCAGGAGCAGAGGUGCCUUCACAAACUCCUGAACACCCUCAGCUCCCAGGAGGGUUGUCAGGAAUCAUAUCCUCCCUGGAUGCACCGCACACUCCCCUGGAAGCGGAGAAGGCUUUUGCUGUCGUGCCGCAUUCGGGUGUGCUGCAGCCAGGAGAGAGACAGCAGGUCUCCUUCACUUGUUUUGGCCACCAGGACAUCAUCACCGGUGCAAGGGCGCUGUGCUGCGUGGAGGGAGGUCCCACCUACAAGGUGGAGCUGAUUGCCUCACGCAUCAACUACUCCCUGAGCCUCCGGGAGAUCAACUGUGGCUUACAGAUGUUUAAUGAAGUUGGUCACAGCACGAUCAGCCUGGAGAACACUGGCAGGAGUGAAUUCAGCUGGGUGCUAAUCCCUUGCCCUGCAGACAAGCAUCUGCCUGGUGUGUUUCUGGUCAAGCCUACCACUGGCUUCAUUGCACCUGGCCAGAAGCAAGUGCUGAAAUUCUCUUACCUGCCGACAUUACCAGGAGCUUUCAGCAGGACUUACCAGCUUCAAGUGGGUGACCUGGAACCAGAAAAUAUCUGGCUGAAAGGAGAGGCGAUCUGCCCCAUGAUCAGUGUGAACCUGCCCUGGAACAUCAGAGAAAAUGGAAAAGAUGAGAAGCCACUGAAACAGCCUAAAAAAUACCUGCAACAGUACAAGCAGAGGAAUAAAUUACAAGAUGUUCAGAAUAAGACUCAGAGCCCGAAGAAUGAGACCUUGAAGUCUCAGACCCUGAAAACUCAGACCCCAAAGACUCAGACCUUGGAGACUUGGAAUCCGAAGACUCAGGACCUGCAGCCCUUCUUGCUUGGCUCUGGCAUUGCACCAAACACUCAGCUGCAGAUAAACAUGGUGAGGAUGCUGAUAGAGAAGGCUGCUCUGGAGCUGCAGAAAAAGCUCACAUCCCAUCCCCUGAAGUGCAGGUUCCCUGACAAGCACCUGUGCCAGAGCCUUGUCAAGUGAGUAGGGACUCCC